AUGGCGGAGACCUCCGUCCACGGCGCCAUCCACUGCAAAUCCCCCGGCGACCGGCCGAAUCGUACAAGACGAAUCCCACCUCCUCCUCCUUUGAACCGUAGGGAUGACAUCAGCGCCUUGCCAGACGACGUGAUCCACCACAUCUUCUCGUUCCUGACCCUCCGAGAUGUAGUCAAGACCAGCAUCCUCUCCAAGCGGUGGCAGUCCACUUGGACCUCUACCACCGACCUCGUCUUCAAUGAUGGGAUUGGUGAUGACCUGCCUCACAGUUCCAGGGACUUCUCGUCCUUUGUCGACAGCGUCCUGCUUCAGAGCACCUCCCCGACCGUGAAGAGAUUCCACAUCAUGUGCGACGGGGUCAACUCACCCAAGUUCGACUCCUGGUUCUGCUUCGCGGCAGCACGCCGCGUGGAGGAUCUCCGCCUGUUGCCGGCUGCUACGCCAUUGUUCUCGUACGCUUUGCCGCAGUUCGUGUGUCACUUGAGUUGGUUGGUACGCCUGGAAUUCAGAAAGUGCCGCUUUUCGCUGGGCACUACUGUUAGGUGGCCUCGUCUUAAGGUCUUGUCGAUGUCAUUUGCGGAGUUGAGUGAUCAUAUCCUAGAGGAAAUUGUUAGGGGAAGUCCGGUUUUAGAGUCCCUUGAGCUGCACAUGUGCAAGGGCGUGAAGAACAUCAGAAUAGAUUCAAUGAGUGUGAAAAAAUUGAUACUCGUCUACCCCAUGACCUGUAAAGUGGAGACAAUUUGGGCCCGUUAUCUGCUGUCACUGUGGAUAUCAGGGUUUUUGCCUAAUGAUCCCAUGUUCAGACUUGACAAUGUUUCUUCGUUGGUGGAAGCCAACUUAUAUUUUCUUAUGUCUCGUGGAGAGAGGAUGCUGGAUCUUUUAAAGGGACUCCUGGAGAAGCUGCGGGGAGUUCCUACGAUUGCCACCUGCGGCCGGUGUUUCCAGUUUGGGCUUGAUGACGAAUCUAGAGGACGUUUUAACUUCAACGGAGAAGAUUAUUUGUGCCCAAGGAAGGGGAGCUUUGAAUGUUUAGCGAAACAUCUCAAGAGAGUUGAGAUCAUCGGUUACGAAGCCAAUCGUUUAGGAUCGAAUCAUCUGCUCUCCUUGAUUAAGUUUCUUCUUGGAAAUGCACACGCGCUGGAGAAGUUGAUCAUCAAGGCUCGAUUGACUCGACAUGUACAAAAGCAUCUUCAAGCCGCUGAUCUAUUGAAACUAUAUGGUAUGAACAAGAAUGUGCUCAGCUGUCGAAGAGCUUCCCAAAAUGCAGAGGUUAUCUUUGUUUAUCGUUUCAACCGGGUUUCUUGUUGA